AUGUUUGCAGACUUCCAUUUAUCACCACUUCGAGAUCCAAGAGACCAAGUCACAGAGAAAAUGCGUUACUCGAAAGAAUCUCUUGUUAGCAAAUGCCUGAUGGAUGAGGUCGGCUUUCCAGAAGGUGGGGGGAAAGCAUGGCUAGUUGUGUUUGGGAGUUGGUGUGCUCUUUUCUCCUCGCUCGGAAUUAUGAAUACAAUGGGGGCAUUCCAAGAACAUAUCUCAAGUCAUCAGUUGCAACACCUUGAUGUUUCUAUUGUGGGGUGGAUAUUCAGUCUUUACGCCUUCCUAACGUUUGGAGUUGGCCUAUUCGUUGGUCCGGUUUUCGAUACAUAUGGUCCGCGAUAUUUGGUUAUUUCUGGGAGUAUACUUGUUGUGCUCAGUAUGACUCUUGUAGGAUAUUGUACAGAGCUCUGGCACUUCAUAAUGUGCUUCAGUAUCCUUGGCGGAGUCGGAUCCGCCCUCCUUUUCUCUCCAUCCAUUGCCAUAGUCGGUCAUUACUUCAAUAAACGAAGAGGGACUGCCACCGGAAUCGCAACGACUGGUGGUGCAUUCGGAGGGAUCGUCUAUCCUUUGAUUCUACAAGUUUUAAUUCCCAAGAUUGGCUUUUCCUGGACCACUAAAGUAAUCGCCGGCAUCUCACUAAUGCUCUGCCUCUUCGCCAAUAUCUUCAUCAAAGGCAGACUUCCACCCUCACCGGACGCAAACGCUAGACCAGAUAUCCGCAUCCUCGCUCGUCCAGCCUUUGCAACCACUGUUCUAGGAGUCUUCCUCCUCGAAUUCGCCCUCUUCGUUCCCCUCACUUAUGUAACGUCGUACAGCCUCGCCCAAGGUUUCUCUCCCACAUUCUCAUUCCUGGUGCUCCCCAUUCUCAAUCUAGGAUCCGUGUUUGGACGCUGGCUUCCUGGCUUCAUUGCCGACAAGAUAGGCCGAUUCAACACGGCCGUCAUCGCCAUAAUCCUUACCGUCGCGGCUGUCCUUGGUGUCUGGCUGCCUGUUGGAAACACCAAACCUGGCCUCGUCAUUUUUGCUCUGUUAUUUGGUUUUGCUAGCGGUUCGAAUAUUAGCCUUACGCCUGUUUGUGUCAGUCAGUUGUGUAGUAUUGAGAAUUAUGGACGGUAUUAUAGUACGUGUUUCUCGAUUGUGAGUUUAGGGUGUUUGACGGGUGUUCCGAUCGCGGGAAGGAUACUCGAUGUUGGAAACGGGAGCUAUGGGGGCUUGAUCUUUUUUGUUGGGCUUGUUUAUGCUGGGGGCCUCAUAGCAUUCUUGUGGGCGAGGUUGAUUGCCACUGGAUUAAAACUCGGGGUUAAGUAUUGA